AUGGAAGGUCCUCGCUCAGACGUGGGCCGCUGGGGUGGGAACCCCUGGCAGCCCCCUACCACGCCGUCGCCAGAGCCGGAGCCAGAGCCAGACAGACGCUCGCGUUCCCGCCGAGGAGGAGGAGGUCGCUCCUUCUGGGCUCGCUGCUGCAGCUGUUGUUCCUGCGGGAACAGAGCUGAUGAUGACUGGGGGCCUGAGCCUUCUGGCUCCAGAAGCCGGGGGUCCAGCUCUCGGGGUGGCCGGAGACCUGAGUCUCGGGGCAGCGCUGUGAACGCAGCUGGAGAUGGCACCAUCCGAGAGGGAAUGCUGGUCGUGACUGGCGUGGAUCUGCUGUGCUCACGCUCGGACCAGAACCGCCGAGAGCACCACACGGAUGAGUUUGAGUAUGAUGAGCUGAUUGUGCGCCGUGGGCAGCCCUUCCACAUGGUCCUCAUCCUGAACCGAGAAUAUGAGUCCUCUGAUCGCAUUGCUCUGGAGCUGCUCAUUGGAAACAGUCCCGAGGUGGGCAAGGGUACCCACGUGAUCAUCCCGGUGGGCAAGGGGGGCAGCGACGGCUGGAAGGCCCAAGUGACCAAGGCCAGUGGACACAACCUCAACCUCCGCGUCCAUACCUCCCCUAAUGCCAUCAUCGGCAAAUUUCAAUUCACUGUCCGCACACGCUCAGAAGCUGGAGAGUUCCAGUUGCCCUUUGACCCUCGCAAUGAGAUCUACAUCCUUUUCAACCCCUGGUGCCCAGAGGACUUGGUGUACGUGGACCAUGAAGACUGGCGGCAAGAAUAUGUGCUUAACGAGUCUGGACGAAUCUACUAUGGAACAGAAGCACAGAUUGGUGAACGGACCUGGAAUUAUGGCCAGUUUGAUCACGGGGUGCUGGAUGCCUGUCUGUACAUCCUGGAUCGGCGAGGGAUGCCCUAUGGAGGUCGUGGGGACCCAGUCAGUGUCUGCCGGGUCAUCUCUGCCAUGGUGAACUCCCUGGAUGACAAUGGAGUCCUGAUUGGGAACUGGACUGGCGAUUACUCUCGAGGCACCAACCCCUCAGCGUGGGUGGGCAGCGUGGAGAUCCUGCUUAGCUACCUGCGCACUGGUUAUUCUGUCCCCUAUGGCCAGUGCUGGGUCUUUGCUGGUGUCACCACCACAGUGCUGCGAUGCCUGGGCCUCGCGACCCGAACUGUCACCAACUUCAACUCUGCCCACGACACAGACACGUCCCUCACUAUGGACAUCUACUUUGAUGAAAACAUGAAGCCACUUGAGCAUCUGAACCAUGAUUCUGUUUGGAACUUCCAUGUGUGGAAUGACUGCUGGAUGAAGAGGCCAGACCUGCCCUCAGGCUUUGAUGGGUGGCAGGUUGUGGAUGCCACACCCCAGGAGACCAGCAGUGGCAUCUUCUGCUGUGGCCCCUGCUCGGUGGAGUCCAUCAAGAAUGGCUUAGUCUACAUGAAGUAUGACACACCCUUCAUUUUUGCCGAGGUGAAUAGUGACAAGGUAUACUGGCAGCGGCAGGAUGAUGGCAGCUUCAAGAUCGUGUACGUGGAGGAAAAAGCCAUCGGCACACUCAUUGUCACAAAGGCAAUCAGCUCCAACAUGCGCGAGGACAUCACCCACACCUAUAAGCACCCAGAAGGCUCAGAAGCAGAGCGGAGAGCUGUGGAGAAGGCUGCUGCCCAUGGCAGCAAACCCAAUGUGUACGCCACCCGGGACUCUGCUGAGGACGUGGCCAUGCAGGUGGAGGCCCAGGACGCUGUGAUGGGACAGGAUCUGACAGUCUCUGUGGUGCUGACCAAUCGUGGCAGUAGCCGCCGCACUGUGAAGCUACACCUCUACCUCUCUGUCACCUACUACACUGGUGUCACUGGGUCUACCUUCAAGGAGACCAAGAAGGAAGUGGCAUUGGCCCCAGGAGCCUCGGACUCUGUGACCAUGCCUGUGGCCUACAAGGAAUACAGGCCCCACCUUGUGGACCAGGGGGCAAUGCUGCUCAAUGUCUCAGGCCAUGUCAAGGAGAGUGGGCAGGUACUAGCCAAGCAGCACACCUUCCGUUUGCGCACCCCAGACCUCUCUCUUACGUUACUGGGAGCAGCAGUAGUUGGCCAGGAAUGUGAAGUACAGAUCGUGUUCAAGAACCCCCUGCCCGUCACCCUCACCAACGUUGUCUUCCGGCUCGAAGGUUCUGGGUUACAGAGACCCAAGGUCCUCAACGUUGGGGACAUCGGGGGUAAUGAGACAGUCACGCUGCGCCAGACAUUUGUGCCUGUGCGACCAGGCCCCCGCCAGCUCAUUGCCAGCCUGGACAGCCCACAGCUCUCCCAAGUACAUGGUGUCAUCCAAGUGGACGUGGCCCCAGCCUCUGGAGGUGGAGUUUUCUCAGAUGCUGGAGGUGACAGUCGCUUGGAGGAAAGCAUACCUAUGGCGUCUCGAGGUGGAGCUUAGCCCCGGGCCAGGAGCAAUGAGACUGGAAUCAGAUGAAUAAGGACAUUGCCCCAACAUGGGGGACCACCACAA